UUUGUGUGCAAAGUCUCCGAGAUCCGCGAGUGUCUGCGCGAGGUUCCUGCGAUUUCUAAAGAGCACAGCCUGGGGGAGGCCUAAGACUCGAGUAUGAAUCAACUACCGCCGGAGGUGCUGGAGCAUAUCUUGCUGAAAAUUCACAGCCUUGAUCGAUUGAAACUCUCCGCUGUCUGUCGCCAUUGGUCCGACCUAUUGUGUACGCCAGCCCUGCUGGGAGAUGUUCGUUUCGUUGCUCGUCAAAGCAUCACAAAUGAGACAGCCUCACUAAUCCUGAUGAAUACUCGUCGUGAAUACAAACACCUCGAGCUCUACAGCUUAAGUCUACUGGAUUUCGACGCAAUGUUUUGGGGCAAGGUCGGCGCACACCUCCGUAGUUUGCACAUCACCGUUUGCAAGUGGUCGUCUCAUUCAUUUUAUUCGAUACUCGAGCACUGUCCGAGACUGGAGUCUCUGGAAUUCGUAGGGCCAUACGAAAACAACGUCUUCGGACUGCCUGAAGCGUUGGAACCCCCAGGCGGUGCAAACUUGGAUAAAAUCCGCCGAUGUUUAGCUGGCGUCCGACAUCUUUAUUUGAAAGAAGUUCGUCUGAACGGGAACACUCUCGAUCCCCUGCUCGAUUGCAUGCCGAAUCUAACGUCAUUCUUCUUGGACAGCAGUGGCAUCGAUCCCCUCGGCUUCCCGGAGAUUCUGAGAAGCAUGAUGAAGUGCGAGCGGAAAUUCACAAGUCUGGCGCUGGGUCAUGUAUGCACCGACUCGAGGGUGAGCAAGCUCAUCGAUAAAAACGCGGGGAGCUUGGAAUACUUGUUUUUGGCAAACUGCCGAAGACUCGGGCGAGAGGUCUUCGAAGCGAUCAGCGCCUGUAGCGCACUACGUCAUUUGGGGCUCUGCGAAGCUAAUCAUAUCCGGAAUUCCGAUCUUCGGCGGAUCUUUCGGCGAAUCCCCGAUCUCGAAACCCUCACCCUGGACGUCCCGCGACCAAGCGAUGGAAUAUUUAACUACAUUAACCAACUGAGGAAACUCAAAAAGCUUCGUAUAUCUAGCCGGCCAAACUUACUCGCGGUAGCGCUAGAGAUCGUAGGGAGAAUGACCACGGUCCAAGACUUCGAUAUUCGGCCGCACGCCGCGGAUCUGGAGACUUUGCGCAAGCUCGAAAACCUCAAAGAUCUACGGUGUUUGAGGCUGACUGGUCAGGGCUAUACCCCCGAAUCAUUUGCGUGGAUUGUCGAGAAUUUCCAGAAUUUAAUGGUGCUCGACGUCGGUUUCUCUCCAAUGGUCGAUUCUGACGGUGUAAAGCUGCGUCAACUGAGAAACCUUAGGAAAUUCGAGAUACUCGAUGCUGGCGACCUCACAGACUUGACCUUCGAAAAUGGUGUCGGCUCGUCUGCUAUGUGGUCUCUCUGCAUCGACGAUGCCAAUAUCACGGACGUAGGACUCAGGAACAUAGUGACCCAUCAUAGUCACUUAAAGUAUUUGUCGAUAAACGGUUGCGAGGAAUUAACAGACGACGGUUUGUUGUACUUCAUCCGUCGAGCGCCACUGCUCCAGGAGCUGUACAUGUGCGCGACUCUCUUGACAGACGUUAGCUUGAGAGCGCUGGAAACUUGGUGUCCCCGACUCCAUACGAUCCGGACCAGCCCCCACAUGUCGAAAGAAGCUCGAAUUUCAUUGAGAAACCGCAGACCACAGGUCGCAAUAAAAUCAUAA